AUGGUGUUUGCCUUAAUGUUCUCGAACCUUGUGAACUACCCGGUCGAGUCUUUAGUGAUCGUGUCCUGUGUACUAUCGUGCGCGUAUAUUCUCACCAAUGAGUUCAUACGGUAUACGGCUCGCGUUAAGGGUUUUAAGGGGCCUCCGGGGCUUCUCAUGAUUGGAAAUCUCGAGCAAAUCCAGGAGAAUGCAGCAGAGCAGUACCGUCAGUGGUCCGGGGAAUAUGGACCCGUUUACCAAAUUCAAUUAGGGAAUAUUCCAAUUAUUGUGGUCAAUACUGCGGCUUCCGCAAAGACGUUGUUCAGUCAAAACUCACAGGCCUUGAGUUCAAGACCCGAGUUUUAUACCUUCCACAAGGUCGUGUCAAAUACUGCCGGUACGACAAUUGGAACUUCUCCAUACAGUGAAUCUCUUAAAAGAAGAAGAAAGGGUGCAGCCACUGCUCUAAACAAGCCCUCUGUUCAGUCAUACGUAGGCCACUUGGAUGUCGAAACUAAGGAUUUUGUGGUUGAGCUGCUCAAAUAUGGGCAUGCGGGAAAUACCGCUAUUGAUCCCAUGCCAAUGAUUCAGCGAUUGAGCCUUAGUCUUUCUCUCACUCUUAACUGGGGUGUCCGUAUGGUAUCCCAGGAAGAGGAGCUUUUCAAAGAAAUCACCCAUGUUGAAGACGAGAUUAGUCGGUUCAGAAGCACCACCGGAAACCUACAGGAUUAUAUCCCUCUCCUGCGCUUGAAUCCUUUCAACUUUGGCUCCAAGAAGGCUGCAGAAAUGCGAGAUCGUCGUGACAAAUACCUAAAGCACUUGAAUGCCGGCCUUGAGGAGAGGAUGGCAAGAAAUGAGCAUCAGCCAUGUAUCCAGGCCAACAUUAUGCUCGAUAAGGAAGCCAAGUUGAAUAACGAAGAGCUCACUUCCAUUAGUUUAACUAUGCUUUCAGGAGGACUGGACACCCUGACGACUUUGGUAGCCUGGAGUAUUGCACUCUUUGCUCAACGACCUGAUAUUCAAGACAAGGCUGCAGAUGCUAUCAAAGAGUAUUACUCUCAAGACCAGCCUUUAUGUGAUGCAUUGGAUGAUCAGAAGUGCGGGUAUAUUGUUGCAUUAGGUAAAGAGUGUCUCAGAUAUUUUACAGUCCUCCGCCUGGCUCUCCCACGAACGUCGAUCAAAGACAUCACGUAUGAGGGUAAAGUUAUCCCAAAAGGAACGGUCUUUUUUCUCAAUGCUUGGGCAUGUAAUAUGGAUCCCUAUGUAUGGACUGACCCAGAGGUGUUUCGCCCUGAGCGCUGGAUUGAAAAACCCGAAGCACCAUUAUUCACAUACGGCCUCGGUUAUCGCAUGUGUGCUGGCUCAUUACUGGCCAACCGUGAGAUUUAUCUCAUAUUCAUUCGCAUGCUAAACAGCUUCAGAAUCAUAUCUGACGAAAAGAUCAACACCCACCCCAUUCAUGGAAAUUCUGACCCAACGAGCUUGGUGGCCAUUCCAAAGAAAUACAAAGUGAAAUUCGUGCCCAAGAAUAAAACGGCUCUGGAUGAGUCCCUUUCUAGCUUCCCCUCGAAGUAA